GGGGCACAACCGGUGUCCAAUAUCAAGCGGAAAGCAAUAUCGUUAAUUUUACCAGGUACAUGCGGUGCAUGCCGACCUUCAGCCUCGUCUGUGUACAGCAUCUCAUCUAUGUUCGUGCGAAACUCUGGCUUAUCCGCUGGUAAUGGUCUUCGGAAUCCCGUGUGUGCCUUGAACGAUAGUGCACAUAUAUCGUUCUAUGAAAGUGGAAAGACCUUCUCAUUUCUUAGCUCACUGAUUAUUUUGGCGGUUCGCUUAACUGGACCACGUCCACAAUAGUUUCCAAGGUUCCCUUUUACAAUGGGUCGGAUCGCGAAGCUUCAAAUUCGUGGAACAGUUUCAAAGAAGCAUUGGAAGAAAAACAAAACAUCGUACAUCGCGACGACAUACACUAUUUGAAUAAAGUUAUGAAGAUCAAACGCAAGAAGUAUAGCACAGUUACAAAGUAUAUAAACAAGUUGGAGGAUGCAGUGCAUCCAAGAGAAAACAAUUGGUCGCGUGAAUGCAGAGAAAACCCAAACAAAAGCAUGACCUCCUAUGAGGAGGACUUCUAUGUAUCCUUAUUCGUCAGACACUGUUCCCCUGCAGAUAUGAGGCGAUACCUAAAUAACCAGGAACCAAUGACACUUCGAGAGGCGUACAAGAUAGCUCGUAAAUUUGAACAGGACGACUCUGACGCCGAGAGCUCGUCAGAAGGCGACAGUAGCGCAGAUGACACGGAUACACAAAGUGAUAGCGAUAGCAACAGCCACAGUAAGGGAGAAAGUUCAAGAAACAAGAGUAAUUCGAAGGCUCGAUCAGUUAUUACUCGACCUCCCCUACCAAGCAAAAUUCAAGGAAAAGAGCAGGAUUUACAGUCUGCAUUAAUGCUUGCAUUGGAACAAAACCAACAAUUGCUGCUGAUCCAACAACAAGGCGCAUGAAGCUAUGUGUACGGUACGGUACGGUACG